AUGGACGCAUUUUCUGGUUACAAUCAGAUCAUGAUGCAUCUGGAUGAUCAAGAGAAGACGGCGUUUAACACCGAUAGAGGGACAUACUGUUACAAAGUAAUGUCGUUCGGUCUCAAGAACGCGGGAAACAAACGCUUCAUCUGGGACGAGAAGUACGAAGAGGCGUUCAAACAACUCAAGGAGUAUCUUACAACUCCUCCCGUAUUAUCCAAACCCGAAACUGGCGAUACACUCUCACUCUAUAUCGCCGUAUCCUCAACCGCGGUCAGCAGCGUCCUCAUCCGAGAGGAUCGAGGAGAACAGAAACCUAUCUUCUACACGAGCAAGCGCAUGACUGAUCCAGAAACUCGGUACCCCACCCUUGAGAAGAUGGCUCUUGCCGUUGUAACAUCGGCGAGAAAACUGCGUCCCUACUUCCAGUCGCACACAAUCGAAGUAUUGACAAAUCAACCAUUGCGAACGGUAAUGCAGAAUACAAAUCAAUCCGGACGGUUAUCGAAGUGGGCUAUCGAACUCAGAGAGCACGACAUUGUCUUCAAGAAUCGAACAGCUGCGAAAUCUCAAGUCUUCGCAGACUUUCUCAUCGAGCUAGCACCAGAGCUCGAGCAAGAUCUAAUCCUCCCGAGUCAAAAUUGGAUACUCCACGUCGACGGGUCGUCGGCAAACAAAGAAUCAGGGGCAGGAGUGCAGCUGCAAUCCCCGACAAGAGAACUGAUCAGACAGUCGUUCAGCUUCGGCUUCGCCGCUUCAAACAAUGAAGCAGAGUACGAGUCGUUGAUCGCAGGACUAAGACUCGCCAAGGCAGUCAAGGCAAAACGCCUCAGCGCAUACUGCGACUCACAAAUCGUAACCAGUCAGUUUAGUGGUGACUAUGACGCCAGCAACGAACGAAUGGACGCAUACCUUAAGAUCGUUCAAACACUUGCCAAAGAUUUCGAAUUCUUCGAACUCACCAAAGUCCCCAGGGGGGAGAACUUAUGCGCUGAUGCUCUCGCUGCCUUAGGUAGGAGGUUGCGCGAUCAGGUGAAACGUACCAUCCCUAUCCACAAGAUCGAUAAACCAAGCAUUGACCUGACUCCCAUCGGGGCCGCCAUCGUAGCGCCAAUAACCGAAGCCACAUCCGCGAACCAAGUCCUCGAAGAGGUGUCAGACGACACCAACGACUGGAGAACAGAAUUUAUUGACUAUCUGGUCGAUGGGAAGCUACCUCCCGAGAAAUGGAUUGCACGACGACUCAAGACGCGGAGUGCCCACUAUGUCGUCCUCGACGGAGAACUCCACCGAUGGACCGCAACCAAGGUACUUCUGAAGUGCAUCAAUGGCGAAGAGACGCAUUUAGUCAUGGCUGAAACGCACGAAGGCGCCGCAGGAAAUCAUUCUGGAGGUCGAGCACUUGCUUUAAAAGUAAAGAGUCUCGGUUUCUACUGGCCAACGAUGAAUGCAGACUGCGAAGCUUACGCCCAGCGAUGUGAUCAGUGCCAGCAACAUGCCUCAACGAUCCACUCCCCGACACAGUUGCUACAAACGAUGACAGCUCCAUACCCUUUCAUGCGAUGGGGAAUGGACAUAAUCGGCCCGAUGCCGAGUUCUCGACAGAAAUGCUUCGUCCUGGUCUUGACAGAUUACUUCACGAAGUGGAUUGAGGCGGAAGCUUUUGCAAGCAUUAUAACGGGCAUGUCCUGA